CAUUUCCAAAAUGAACCCCUUCCAUCGACCAUCCCAGACAGCAGCCACCUGGCGCAAGGUCGGCCUCACCUCCGACUUCCCGGACGUCGACUCCGAGGAGGCCAAGUCGCGGAUCAAAGCUAGCUGCAAGGCAUUCCAUGUCCCCACCACGGCCACCAGGGACGAGUGCCCGGCCGACACCCCCGUCGAGGCGGACCUAGACAUGCCGGGCAACAUCAACGAGCAGGUCCUCGUCUUUCGGUAUAAGGGCAAAUUUCAUGCCAUUGAUCAUCAAUGCCCUCACGCCCUGUAUCCACUAUCCUGGGGCAGCGUCUUUGACAUCGAGGAUUUCGGCAUCACCCUGAGUGCGGGCAUCAACUGUCCCAAGCACGGGUGGUCGUUUGAUCUGUUCUCGGGGCAGGCAGACCGUGGCAACUACAAGUUGAAGGUCUGGGAGGUGCAACUGCGGGAUCCUCCGGCGUCGGACGAGGGGGCUGCAGGGUCUGCGGAGCAAGAGGUUUGGGUGAGGCGGAAGCAGCGGAUUGGCUAGGGUGAGUAGCACGCAUUGACGGCCCGGGGCCGAUGGCAUACUCGUCAAGCCACGUGCCUGGUGUGGAUUGAGGUUCAUUGCAGCAUUCGCGUUGCUGUCGCGGGGAAUUCGCUGGAUCCGACCUGCUGGUGGUGAUCUUGCUCGUGGUCUUCAGUCAGCGCGACUUCGGGGGCUUGAAAGUCUCUAGAUUGUACAUAGACAUAGCUUUAGAGGUGUCAGUAUACCGACUCUUCCCAGCGAG